UGUUCGCUAUGUUCAGUCAAGUCUCGAAAUAAAUAAAUUGAACAUGGCUGAUAUCGAAGGACAUAAACACCAAGAAUCUAAUUUCCAUGAGGGAGAAGGUAAAUAAAGUUGCAAUAUUAUUGUGUAGGGCGCGCAAUUCGUUAGUGCAUCGCGGCAACGGCUGCGAGCUGACGGUUCGUCCUAAACUCGCAAGUUACCCUCGUGUUACCUCAGUGACAUUGAAACUGGGUUCUUUUUAUAUUUGCUGCCUGGAUUACGGUGCUGGUCGGCCAGGAUUGAAGUGUGUUUCCCGCCAGUGGCUUUAAAGUGAAACUAACGUCGUCAAACAAUAGUGAAAAUGACUGGGGGCGUGGACAGGAGCCUCGAUUCAGUGACCGAGAAGCCAGCGCCGGCGCCGCGGCCGGCCGGCCCGCACGGCGUGCAGGUCGUGAAUACCGGCCCCGACCACACCUUCGUGCUGGACGAGGAUGCCCUUAGCGAGCUGCUGCUGCAAGAAGACAUCAGAGACCGAGAUGUGGUUGUCAUAUCCGUGGCCGGCGCCUUCAGGAAGGGCAAGUCCUUCUUGCUGGACUUCUUCCUCCGGUAUAUGCAUCACAAGUACGGCGCAGGCGGCGGCGGCGGCGACUGGCUGGGAGGUGACGAGGAGCCGCUGCAGGGCUUCAGCUGGCGCGGCGGCUCCGAGCGAGACACCACCGGUAUCCUAAUGUGGUCCGAGAUAUUCAAGGCCACGCUGGACUCGGGGGAGAAGGUAGCAAUAAUCCUGCUGGACACACAAGGCGCGUUCGACAGCGAGUCCACGGUGCGCGACUGCGCAACUGUGUUCGCGCUGUCCACCAUGCUGUCAUCCGUGCAGAUCUACAACCUGUCGCAGAACAUCCAGGAGGACGACCUGCAGCACCUGCAGCUGUUCACAGAAUACGGGCGUCUAGCGCUUGAAGACAGCGGGCGCACGCCGUUCCAGCGGCUGCAGUUUCUGGUGCGCGACUGGAGUUUCCCCUACGAGGCGCCUUACGGCGCCGUCGGUGGGCAGACAAUACUCCAGAGGAGGCUCAAGGUGUCGGACAAGCAGCACCCCGAACUGCAGUCGCUGCGCAAGCACAUCGCGGCGUGCUUCUCGGAGAUCGCGUGCUUCCUCAUGCCCCACCCCGGCCUCAAGGUCGCCACCAACCCACACUUCGACGGCCGCCUCUCAGACAUCGAGUCAGAGUUCCAGCGCUCUCUCCAGCAACUGGUGCCAAUGCUGCUGGCUCCACAGAACCUGGUGCCGAAGCUGAUCAACGGGCAGCGCGUGCGCGCCAAGGACCUCGUGCAGUACUUCAAGUCCUACAUGCACAUCUACAAGGGCAACGAGCUGCCUGAGCCCAAGAGCAUGCUCGUGGCCACAGCGGAAGCGAACAACCUCACAGCGGUAGCAGAAGCCAAGGAAGUUUACACGACGCUCAUGGAGGAAGUCUGCGGCGGGGCGAAGCCCUACCUGCAGACACAGUUGUUAGAGGCGGAGCACAGCCGCGUGCGCGACAAGGCACUACACGCCUUCCACGCCAAGCGCAAGAUGGGCGGCACCGAGUUCAGCCAGGCCUACUGCGAGCAGCUCGUGCAGGACCUAGAGGAGCACUUCCAGCAGUUCCGCGCGCACAACGAGAGCAAGAACAUAUUCAAGGCGGCGCGCACGCCGUCCGUGUUCUUCGCCAUCGCGCUCGUGUUCUACGUGCUGAGCGGCGUGCUCGGGCUCGUCGGGCUGUACCCGCUCGCCAACCUCUGCAACCUGGCCAUGGGGCUGGCGCUGCUCACGCUCGUGCUGUGGGCCUACAUCAGGUACAGCGGUGAAAUGCGGGAGCUAGGCGUGACUAUAGACGAAGUCGCGAACUGCUUAUGGGAUAAUGUAAUGAAGCCAGUGUACCAGUCGUGCCUCGAAAAAGGUAUGGAGCACGCCGCGGCCGCCGCCGCCGAGCGCACGUUCGGGCCGCCCACGCCCACCGCCAACGGCAAGCACAAGCACUUGUGAUGCCGCCCCGCCCCGCCCCGCCCCCCCGCGUCCCACGACAGGGCCUGGCUCAAGGG